UUCUUGAAAACCCAUAAUGGCGCCAUUAUUUUCUGAAACAGUUUGGCUUUAUGGUUUUUGAACGGAACUCUCUCCUCAAGAAGACAUUCGAUAAAAUAACAACUCCGAUUAAAUAAUAAAAUAAAAGAAAAUGUCUAAGGCUUUUAGCUCAGCACGUUUUAAUGGAGAGGCUGAUAAUUUUUUCGAUUCUAACUUCACUCGUGACAUCAAUAACCGAAUGCGAGUGCCAAAAAAUAUUCAAGUAAAUGGCGAAUUUGCUGAUGAGGAAAAUAAUAGCACAAAUGGAUCAACUUGGAGUCAAAUAUUAGCGAACGAUAAAUACGAAAUGCACGUUCCGGAUAGAAUUCUUGUCGUUGGACAAGAACAACAUAUAGGAACUAAAUCGAUUCCAAGGGAAAUAACUUUGGAAAAUGCUGUUCUAAAACCAGCAGAUACAGGUUUAGUGCGAAUGCAGACUCCACCUAGAGUUUUGACAUUAGACAAUCAUUACUUUCCGAUGCUAGAUGAUGAUGAUGAGGAUAUGCCAGUGAAUGAACCUUUGGAAAUGGUAACUGCAACUCCCAAGACUAAUCGACAAUAUAAUGACAAUCAAAUUACAAGACACGUGAGAGAACAAACGCCGUUCAAUACGACAUUGGACGUGACUCUUACACCAAGCGAGGAAGUGCAACAUUUACGACGUCAAGUUGGAAAAUUACAUCGACGAAUAAUUGCAGUGGAAUCCCAAAUAAUGCAACGUCAACAAAGAGAUAAGAUUCUUUAUGCAAUAUCCUUAACUUACUUCUUUCUAAAGGCUCUCUCGUGGUUGACUAGAAAUUAAAAUUCCAUCCAAAUGUCAAAAAGAGAAAAAGAAUACCAUCAGUAAAACGAAACACGCAGUGUAAUCGGAUAAAUUAUCACACAAAAAAAACUGUUCACUACUGCUCGAUGAUAAAUCUUGAUUUCGAAAAUCAUUACGGAGAGACUUUCCGGGAAAUGACCUUCAACAGGAGCUUCAACAAAAACAUUAAAAGCAUUUGCACUUGUGCUCCAUACACUUGACAAAAAUACUGUUCUGAUUUUCGAGGAAAAUUUGAGUUUUGACAGUUUUUUCGAAGUUCACAUUUCUGUAAAUGAGGAUUCAUUUUUCCCUUUCUAAUUAGUUUUUUAAAAAAAAACAAAAAUUAGUUUAUUAUUAUUUGGACUUGAUAUGUUCAAGAUUGGAUUUUUAAUGGUAAACGCGCAGUGAGUAAAAAAAAAAUGAAUUAAUACAUUGCGUGAAAGGCUAAUUUUUAUUAUUUAAAUUUUUUCAAAUUACGGCCAGACGAAGAAAUAUUCCAAUAAAAGUAGUAAUAAAAUGCAAUUAGGAAGUAUUUUUUAAUUUUAACACUACUUCGAAAAAUUGAAUAUAAUUUGAAUUACAUAAACUUAAUUUGACUUUGAAUUUAAAAUGAAAAAAGAAUGCAAAAUUUUUCGUUAAUUUAAUUUAAUAAUUCUAUUUUUAAUAGAAAAUUGUAAAAAUAAGUUUAUACUACUUUUUUGUAAUAUUUUUUCUCCAUUUUUUUUUCUUUUUUUUCUAUUUUCCCUCAAUUUUGUAUAAUUAUUCGAACUUAUUUAAUAUUUGUUUUUUAAGAGUAAUAUAAAAAAGAAAUUCGAUUGUGCGAAGAGAAGUUAUACAAUAAUUCAGCAUUUUACGUCUUCUACGAUUGAUUUAUUUUUAUUAAGAGUUGUAGAGUCUUUAAAAAAAAAUACGAUUUUAACCAAUCGCCUCUGUACCUAAUAUACAAUAUGCCAUAAAUAUUUUAAAAUUUAUUCAUUUUAGUGUUUAGAUACGAGUCGAAAUUAGAUCGAUGAUUAAUUGUAAAUCUCAAUUUCAUUUUUGUUUAUAAAAAAAAAAAAGAAAACAAUCUUUAACACUAGUCUAUUGAGUAAAUAAGAGAAUUUUUUUUUUACUUUUGGGAGAAAAAAGUAUAUUGCAUUUUUUUUUGCAAAUUAUGUGUAGUGUCUUAAUUUUUUCCUAAUAUUAAUUUUUAUGUUUCUGUAAAAAUUAACUGUUAUUCGUAUACUUGUUAUUUCCCAUUUAAUUUUUAAGUGUAUAAAGGUUGUAAAGAAAAAGAGAAAAUUAGUAAAAGGAAAAAGUAUUAUAAAUAAAUAAUAGUCGAUGACAGUAAAGAAAUUGAGUAAAAUAUAUUAAAGCAGUAACAAAAAAAAAGAUAGUUUAGUGUAUUUAAAAAUUACAUUAUUCAUUGAUCAUUCCUGUACUAAUAAAAAUGUAUUUCAUCGAAAGAAGAAGAAAAAUCAUUUUUCUCUUGAAUAAUAUUUGUCAAAAGAAAAAAAUGAUUAUUUCAAAAACUUUUUCUUCAGUGGAAGUGUUAUAAAAGCCCGGAGUUGGAAUGUUUGUUGUACUUGCCUAAGAGGCCAUUAAAAAUAUAUACUUGUACAUUUAUAAUAUAUUCUUUUGUGAUUAUAGGCGAAAAAAUAAAUAUAAUUAGACAAACGAAA